CCCCCUCCCCCAGCCUACAGGACGGUGUGCGGGGUCAACGGGCCGCUGGUGGUGCUGGACAAUGUCAAGUUCGCCCAGUACGCCGAGAUCGUGAACUUCACGCUGCCCAACGGCACCACCCGCAGCGGGCAGGUGCUGGAGGUGAUGGGCCCCAAGGCCAUCGUGCAGGUGAGCGCGGCGACACCGCGACAGCGCCACACGGUGACACGGUGUCCGAGCCCCCCAAACUCCACAGAGAUUCUCUCACCCCCCGGGUGUCACUGGGGGUCGGGCCGGGGGUGGCCCUGUCCCCGCGCUGACCCCCUGGCCCACGGGAUCCCGUCCUCGAUCCCAUCCCGAUCCCGCAAAGGGCAGGGGGCGGGCGGGACCCUCCCCGUGUCUGUGUCCCCCUCCGGUGGGGACAUGGGGACACAGGGACAGCAUGAUGGGGACAUGGGGACAUGGAGACAGGGUGAUGGAGGUGGCCACGGCCAUGGAGGGGACAUGGGGGCCUUGUCCCCACGUGCUGGCAUCUGCCUGUCACAGGGGCUGUGGUGUCACCCAGCCCGCAGGUGGCACUUCCUGCCCCACACCCACAGCCCCCGGUCCCUGUGUCCCCUCUGGGGUGUCCAGGAUCAGGAUGGGGACCCUGCCCCAGGGCCACCGGACCGGCAGGUGCCACCCCCGGCUGUGGCCCCGGGUAGGGACAGUCCCUCUGUCCCCACAGGCCGGGUGUUCAACGGCUCCGGCAAACCCAUCGACAGCGGCCCCGCGGUGAUGGCCGAGGACUUCCUGGACAUCAACGGCCAGCCCAUCAACCCCCACGGGCGCAUCUAUCCCGAGGAGAUGAUCCAGACUGGCAUCUCUCCCAUCGACGUCAUGAACAGCAUCGCCCGCGGGCAGAAAAUCCCCAUCUUCUCGGCGGCCGGGCUGCCCCACAACGAGAUCGCGGCACAGAUCUGCCGCCAGGCCGGGCUGGUGAAGAAAUCCAAGGACGUGGUGGAUUUCCACGAGGACAACUUCGCCAUCGUGUUCGCGGCCAUGCAGGUGAACAUGGAGACCGCGCGGUUCUUCAAGUCGGACUUUGAGCAGAACGGCUCCAUGGAGAACGUCUGCCUGUUCCUCAACCUGGCCAACGACCCCACGAUCGAGAGGAUCAUCACGCCCCGGCUGGCGCUGACCACGGCCGAGUUCCUGGCGUACCAGUGCGAGAAGCACGUGCUGGUCAUCCUGACCGACAUGAGCUCCUACGCCGAGGCGCUGCGGGAGGUGUCAGCAGCCAGGGAGGAGGUGCCGGGCCGCCGCGGCUUCCCCGGCUACAUGUACACGGACCUGGCCACCAUCUACGAGCGCGCCGGGCGCGUGGAGGGCAGGAACGGCUCCAUCACCCAGAUCCCCAUCCUCACCAUGCCCAACGACGACAUCACCCACCCCAUCCCCGACCUGACGGGUUUCAUCACCGAGGGCCAGAUCUACGUGGACCGGCAGCUCCACAACCGCCAGAUUUACCCCCCCAUCAACGUCCUGCCGUCGCUGUCCCGGCUGAUGAAAUCGGCCAUCGGAGAGGGGAUGACCAGGAAGGACCACGGGGACGUGUCCAACCAGCUGUACGCCUGCUACGCCAUCGGCAAGGACGUGCAGGCCAUGAAGGCCGUGGUGGGCGAGGAGGCGCUGUCCGCCGACGACCUGCUCUACCUGGAGUUCCUGCACAAGUUCGAGAAGCAGUUCAUCUCCCAGGGUCCCUACGAGAACCGGAGCAUUUUCGAGUCCCUGGACAUCGGCUGGCGGCUGCUGCGCAUCUUCCCCAAGCAGCUGCUCAAGCGCAUCCCCGAGAACGUCCUGGCCGAGUUCUACCCCCGCGAGGCCAAGGGGCCCGAGCAGGGCACGGCCCUCUGACCCCACAACCACAAAAAUAGCCUUUUCCCUAAAUCCCACCCUCAUUUCCUAAAACUCCAUCCCCUUUGCCUUAAAUCCCAUCCCCGUUUCUUGAAAUCCCAUUCUCGUUUCCUAAAAUCCAACCCCUUUUCCUAAAAUCCCAUCCCCCUUUCAUAAAAUUGGAUCCUCAUUUCCUAAAAUCCCAUCCCUCGUUUCUAAAAUCCAAUCCUCCCUUCCUAAAAUCUGAUCCCCCUUUCCUAAAGUCCAAUCCCCCUUUCCUUAAUUCCCGUCCCCGUUUCCUAAAAUCCCAUCCCUCUUUCCUAAAAUCCCAUCCCUCUUUCCUAAAAUCCCGUCUCUCUUUCCUAAAAUCCCAUCCCUCUUUCCUAAAAUCCUAUCCCCCUUUCCUAAAAUCAGAUGCCCAUUUCUUAAAAUCCCAUCACCUUUUCCUAAAAUUCCAUCCCCAUUUCCUAAAAUCCGAUCCCCAUUUUCUAAAAU